CUUCUGCACAGCGUUCCUGGAGUGUGUGUGCGUGUGUUCGUGCGUUCCGCAUCCAUUUCUCUCCCUCGCCAGCGUCUCCGCCGCCACACCCCUUCCCCCAUCACUUCGUCGCCCCAUCCCUGCGGGACCUUUCCAGCACCGGGCCCCAGUACCGGUGGGCGAACGAGCCAGUGCGCGCGCCCCUGCCUCCGUAGUCGCGCAAAGAGACGGCAGGCAGCCACGCCGCAGCUUCAUAAAAGCUGCACCGCGACCUCAAGGAGUGACCGGAGGGAAUAGACGUCGUGGAGUAUACUGCAAUCUACUCCUCCUGCUCACCCAUACCGGGGGCAAACCCCUGGACCAAAGGAACGUGUCUGUGGCGCAUCGAAGAAGAAUACACGUAGGACCCGACAGCCGGGCUUGGCUUUUUUGCUACCUUUCCGAAACGCGUUUCUCGGCUUCUUUCUUCCCGUCUCUGCGUAAAACGUCGUCCGCAAGUUGGGGGCGGGGGGCCAGUCGUGGACUUGAAGACGCGAGGAAGCCGCUGAGCCAGUGAUCCCUCGCCACCGUCGCUACAAAGGGUUUGCCAAGAGGACGUGCCCGGACACGGUGGUUCCGGGAUGGGGAAUCGACAGGGGCGCGGCAGUGACGGAGGCGCCGGUCGCGUUGGCGAGUCGCCCGGCAAAGAGAGCGGGCGACCUGAGCCGCCAGAUUCGUCCUCGUCGCCGCCGCCGCCGCCGCCGCCGCAGCCACAGCCGCAGCCGCAGCCACAGCCGCAACAACAAUCUGUGGUUGAAAACCCUGCCGCAGACGGUCACGAGGAGGAGGGCGACAUGGCCUCUUCCUGGCAGCAGCAGCAGAAGGAGAUGCACCAGCAACAGCGGGAGCUGGAGCAUCAGCAACAAAGGCGCUUUCAGGAGCAGCUAGCCGCUGCUCGCGGCGCCUCGGCGCCGCAACAGCAGCGCGCGGCGUCUUCGACGCCGUCGCCCCGCCAGCCGCCGUCCCCGGCCGGCGUGCGGGUCGUCGAGGCCAAGGCCGACGUCUGGAAGCCGCCCGGCUCCGCCGCGGCGGCCAGGACCCCGGGGCAGCAGCAGCAGCAGCAGCCGUCGCCCCAGUUCCACAAGCACGUGCAGUUCCAGACGCCGCCCUAUCCGGGCCAGGAGACCUCUCCGGCUUUCCAAAGACCGCAGCCUUCGCCUUCGCCCAAGCCGUACAGACCGCCUCCCGGCGUUGCGGCUGGUACUAGCCAAGUCCAGUACGACCAGUCGUGGUACUCGACGCCGCCGAUGCAGCAGCAGCAGCAGCCUUCUCCGCGGUCUCAGCCUUCGCCGCGACUUGGGGUGGCGGUGCAGCAGCAGCAGCACCACCCGGUGCAACUAACGAUCAUGACGACCCCGAACGUAACGAUAUCGACCGGCGCUGGUGGUGCUGGUGUGCCGAGUCCUCGCCGCGUGCCGCUGGACGUGGUGCCGCAGCCGUCGGGCCAGCGCGUGUGGUCCGAGGAGCCCAUCUGCGAGUACGUGGAGCCGGGAGGACCCAGCCUGGCGCAGCAGAUCGCCCAGCAGUCGCAGGAUUACGUGGACGAAAAGGAGCUCGAGUACCGGCUCGCCAUCCAGCAGCUGCAGAAUGAACAAGAGCGGGUGCAGAAGAAAGUGUUUAUGAACUGGAUAAACAACUUCCUCUCACAGAGAACGCCCCCUUUACGAGUAGACGACGUCAUCGAGGACUUACGAGAUGGCACGAAGCUCUUAGCUUUACUAGAAUGCCUAUCGGGACAAGUGUUGCCGAGGGAACGCGCACGCAUUCUGCGGAGGCCUCAUUUUCUCAGCAACGUCAACACGGUCCUGCGGUUUUUGGAGCACAGACGGAUCAAGCUUGUCAACAUAAACGCCACAGAUGUCGUGGACGGAAAGCCUGCCAUUGUACUUGGUCUCAUAUGGACCAUCAUUUUACACUUCCAGAUCGAGGAGCACACUCGUCUCCUCGCCGGCUCCCCAGCCUCGUUCGAGGACAGCUCCCUGGAGUCGACCACCCUCCAGGGGCAACUUGCCGCUCAACCCAUCUCUCCGAGGAAGCCGUCUGCUGCGGAACGAUGGAAGGGUGGCGCUCGCAAGGCACUCCUGCACUGGGUCAAGAACAGCAUCAGCCAGCGGUUCGGUGUCCAAGUUAAUGAUUUUGGACCGAGCUGGCGGGACGGCCUGGCCUUCCUGGCCAUCGUGCACUGCAUCAAACCUUCCCUGGUGGACCUGGACUCUGCAAAGAAGAUGGACGCUCGAAACCGCCUGGAAAGGGCCUUCUCUCUUGCCGACCGAGAGCUGGGCAUCCCACGGCUACUCGACCCCGAGGACGUGGAUGUGGACCAGCCGGACGAGAGGUCUGUGAUGACUUAUGUGGCCCAGUUCCUGCACAAGUAUCCUGGCACAUAUGCCACGGAGCAGCCCCUCUCGCCCACCGUCUCCUCGCCAACGUCGGCCGCCCCAGGGCAGGACGACCUCUCGGUGCUCGAGUCCUUCCUCAAGCGGGCCGAGACCACCUUGCAGAUCCUCCAGAGGACCACUCACCAACCUACGAGAAGAGUACCAGAGCUACUUGAACCUGUGCCGAGACUUCGACGGGCACCGUGAACUCUAUGCCAGGCUGGGACGUCGUGCAGCUCGAGCAGACAGCACCGUCGUACUGAGCCAAGCGUGGCCACUCAUGGAUUCACGCUGGCACGCAGUCGAAUCCGGACUAGCACAGUGGCGCAGGCGGCUGGACG